AAGGUGAAAAUGUAAAGCUGACCAAAACAAUCUCAGUCACUGAAAAAAAUGUUGAUCUCCCCUCAAAACUGAAGAGAGAGCUGGAACCCCUGAGGUCCCCACGGCCCACACUGACUGCAGCGUGGGAUGGGGACGCCAGCCCAGCCAGUGUCAGAUGCUUUGGGGCUGAAUCACAAUCUCACCGAGCCGGUUGGAUAUCCUGAGAGCUGCAGGCUGCCACGGGAUGGCCAUGCAGGGCAGGAAACCGCUCCAAAGCAGAAAGAAAACAAAUUAAAAAAACCUUCCAGACAGUUGCCAAUAAAGUUUCUUUGGCUCUGCGUCUGGGCAUCGCUCCCAAAUCCAGCCUCUUGCCCUUGGAUAAAGCACUACAGCCUGGAAUGAGAGUCAGAUGCGUGGGAGGAGUGCAUGUGUCUGUGUCUGGGCUGGAAAACAUGUGUGCCUAGAAAAAGCUUUUUACUUUGGGCCUUGCUCCAGAAAACCUCUCCUUGCUUUUACAACUGUCCCCUGUUCCUUGGGACUACCCAGAUGUUCAACCCAGCCUGAGGACAGGGAGCUGAGGAGUUUUCUCGGCAUCAUUCCCUCUGACCCCCAGGCCUGAGAGCAGACAGCCCGGGGCAGACAGCCUCCAGCCCACACAUCUGUUCCUCGAGAGGCUUAAUAUGCCACACAGAAAGUGAGGCCGAAUAACGUGCACAUGCUGAGUAUGGGAGGAGAGGCUGAAGGACAUCCUGUUUUGUUUCAGCAGUGUUGUUAUUCUUUGGGGUGAAAUGAAGAAUUUGAUUUUGUUUUGGAAGCACUCAUAUUUCUGAUGCAACUGAACUUCAGUAACCUUUUUGAGGUACAGAUUUCAACAAAUUAUUUUUUUCUCUCUAACAAAGAUGCAGAACUUGUCAGUGGUAGAAAGUCUUGCUCGCGCAGACAUAUCACACCAUGGGUCUCCAAAAGACCUGGCAGCUGAGGCAGGUGGUGUGUUUCUUGAUGAAAGUGGCUGUAACUGGAAUGAAAGGACAAAUAAUGAAGAAAUUGCUAAUCUUGAAGUAAUGCAGCAAAGCCUCCCUGUAAUGGACGACAAAGGUAGAAGUUGUGAGGGGUUUUCUGAGAGCAGCUUUAGUACCUCAGAACUCAGUGGUUCCUGGGGUGAUUUUGAAGGCUUCAAGGAGCCCUCAGACAAAUCAGAGAGAUUCAGUCAUAACCUUGAAGUUUUGGUGAAGUCAGCAAAAACUUCUGGAGCCGAUCUGGACCUAAGCAAUGGAGGCUGCAGCACUUCUGCUGCCCACUCGUGUGCUGAGCCAUCUCUGUGCCACGGGAUACAGGAGGCUUCAGGCUCUCUGAACGAGAGGGUAAUGCUGUACGUGGAGAGAAACUGUCCAGCCACUUUGCAGCUACCUCAAGUGGAACAAAAGCAACUUCUUUACAGCGUUGGACAAAUACUUAAGUUGUCCUGCUGGAGAGCUUUAAAGAAUUUUUCACACAACGUUGCUGCUCCUGGAUUGCAGUCCCUGGGCAGGGUGGCAGACCACAGCUGUGAGGAGAUAUUUAGGUUGGCCUUUCCAGAAGUCUUUGUACCACAGUCCAGAGAGAGCAUAAGAAGCUUAGAGCAAGUUCUUGAUGAAAAUAAUGGAGAUGUUGGGAUCCCUGAACUUUUGAAGAAUCAACUUUGCAUGGUUUCUGGAAAUGUAUGGAGAAUGCUCAGAGACUUUGAUAAUACCCUCAGCUUAAGACAUCCCUGGAGUAAGUCCCAUUGCCAAGAAAACCUCCUGAGUGUUCUCGGGAUAGAUGCAAAUCAAAAGGACAUUUCAGAGAGCCAGGCUGAUAUUUUUGAGGAAUCAAAUGUCAAAGAUAAUGAGGACUUUAGAUUUGAUGGAUUCAGUGUUAAUGACUGCAAAGCAUUGAUCCAGACCAAGCUUUCUGUGUCACCAGACUCCAGACAUGGUCAUCUUUUCACCUGCAACCUCUUUUUGAAGACCACAUCAUCAAAUGAAAACACAGAGUGUAUAACAAUGCCAAGGAAGAAGCAGAUUUUUGCUACACACAACCUAAAAAUGAAAUUUUUCAGUAAUGAUGUUUGUUGAACUAAAUGCACUUUAUAGUGUUUUUUUGUUUUUGUUGUUGUUUGGGUUUUUUUUGAACUGAAUGCAGUUUACCUUCAUUUUGCUACUGACUUGGUACUAUAGACUACAGAUGUUCUUUAGGAAAGUGACAUAUUGCUGUAUAUGAGGGAGCUAAGGCCACGUUAUUAGAAGAUAUUUCUCCUGUUAAGUUGUGAAGUGAAAUUUUGUAAUUUUGUCCUGCUGAGUUUUGCCGCAGAGUUGUGUCCCUUACAGUAAAUGCUGCAGCUGCAAACACACUUCAAGGUAACUCUGGUGGAUUCUCCUGAACUACUGACCUUUCAGGCCUUAAUGCCUCUUCAAUCAAAACCCUCCUUUCCCUGACAAAAUCUGUUUAGCAUGUUUAACAUGUGCCUUGUCACCAUCUCUCCUACUUGCUCCAGUUUGGAUCAGCUGAGAUCUGUUGCUUUGCCACUGCUGGAUGUAAUGAAAGGAGCCUUCUUCAUUUGGGGACUUUCAAUGGGGUUUAGCAGAAUAAAAGUGUUUUAAAUUGUCUGUGAAGCCUGCUGCGGUGAUAGGGGUGGAGGCAGCAAAAUGCUUCAUUCUGGCGUUGUUCUCUGACUGAAAUAAAUCACCUCGUUGAAGCUGA